CCAACGAUCUCCAUCAUGGCGGUCGCCUUGCGCUUCCCCACGUGUAUCAUUUGUUUUUAAUGUUAUUUUAAGCUUGUCUGGAUCAAGUUUAAAUUAAAUAUUUCGUCUUUCGAAGGCGAAAACGAUCGCUUUUAUUCUUCUAGGAAUUUUUAGCUGUUUCCUAACCGUCGUGACUUUAAAUUAGUCUGAUCCCUCCAGAAGUACAAGCAGUUAACCUGGUGUUUUGAACUCUUUCUCUAUCGUCUACAUUUUAAAAAUAUAUGUGAAAACCAUAUUUUUACCCUGUCAAAAUGAAACGAAAAUCUGUUGGUUCAGUUAUUACGCCCUCUAAAGUCAAAAAGGAAGACAAAGAAAUUAAAACACCAAAAGUGAAAGUGAAAGUUGAAGUUGAAGUGGCAACACCUGAAAAUUCUGUUAAAGCAGCAUCUGUAACUAAAACUUCAACAAAAAAGAAGAAUGGCCUGUCACCCAAACCCACUCCAACAAAACUUGUAAAAACUCCCUUGAAAGCUCCAAAGAGCAAUGGAAAAGUGAAACUUUCCCAGUCAGAAAAUGAACUGCCAAAGGGGCAAAAAAAGAAACACUUGAUUGUUGAAAAAAAAUCUGACAAAGAUUUGUUCUCUCUCAAUGGGAUGUCUGAAGAUUUAGAUGUUGUAGAAAAUAUCGAUGAGGAAGAAUUCCUAGAAUCAAGUUCUGAGGAUGAGUCAGAAAAAAGUGGCAAGAGUGAUGAUUCUCUUGCUGGAGAAGAAGAAGAAGAGGAAGAUGAUGAUGAAAAUAGUGAAACUGACGAAGAUUCUGAAUCAGACGAAUUAGUAGAUGAAAAACUAAUAGCUGAUGACAGCUCAGAUGAAGAAGCCGAGACAGAUACUAAAAAGAAAGAUUUUGGGUUCUCUUCUCUCCUAAUUUCAUCCUCAGAAUAUAUCAAGAAGAAAAAAUUUGAGAAAUAUAUCUCUAAGCAAGGUAUCAACAUUACAAGGUGCAUAAAUGUGUAUUCAAAUAAAUUUUUAGUCUGCUGUGAAACACGUGAACAAGCAAAAUCUCUAAUGGCCCCCGGGGUUAAACUGCAGAUCAAAGAAAUGCCAUUAACAGUUUCUAGGCUUCCAUUCUAUGUGGUUCUAGAGAAUCUUCCCAACUAUAUUUCAGCUGAUGAUGUGAAAAAAGCUGUAGCCAGUUGUAUUGAGCAGAACACAAUAAAAAACAUUAUUUUCCUGCAUAUAAACAAGUGUAUUGUUGAAUUUACAACCGAGCAAGCGUUUGAAAAGUUUACAAAAAAGGUGACUAAGCUGAACGUUAGUGGAAAAAUGGUGCGGUUAACUUCUUGGUUGGACAAACUGAUCUAUGAAUAUUCUGCUCGUUGCAUCAAAGUGACUCACCUGCCACCUAAAGCGACUGUUGAAAUUUUGUUCCGGAAGCUGUUGGAGUAUGGAAUUAAAAGUAAAGAAAUUUAUCAAAUUAAAUUCUUCACUCGAUCGGUUUGCUCAGUAUUUUUUGAAAGUGAGGAGACAGAGCAGAAGUUACUAGCGUUGGAUGGUAAAAUGCAGUUUGAGCGAGGACCUGUUUUCAUGAACUUGAGCACCCCUAAAGUUGUUUUACUAGGCCUUCCUCAGAAAGUUUCUGAAAAAUCAGUCAAGGCAUCGCUCAAAAGUCACAAAAUUGAUCCGUCUAAAAUUCAUUCAGUCAAAAUUGAGUGCAAUACUGCCAUGGUCGAGUUGAAAACAAAAGAAGAAGAGCAGAAAGUUUUAGAAUUGGAUAAUGCACUUGAAAUAGGAGGCGUAGCUAUCAAAAUACUUCCAUUGGCCGUUUCAAGGAAAAAUUAUAUCACAUUAGGUCUAUUUAAGCUAAACCCCAGUGUGACUAAAGCUGAUGUGUUAAAAGCCCUAGCAGACGAGGGUCAUAAUUUCGAUGAGGAUGAACUUAAUUUCGAGUUCAGUGAAAAAAAUAGCGUUGUAUUAUUCCAGAAUGGCAGUGAAGAACUCCACAAGAAACUUUCUGAGCUGACGAAACUCAAGAUAGGCGGAUCCUCCAUCAAAGUGACAUUCUGCAAAUUUGGCUCCAGGCACCCCAAUGACUGCGGUCAAAAGCGCAAGCGAGUCCAGAAGAAGAAAAAGAAGAAGAAAUCCAACAAAAAUAAGAAACAGAAGACUGAUGCUGCUGAGAGCGGUUGAGAUCGUGUAUAGAAUCAAUGAUUGUUCCACUAAUUUGUAAUUUUGACUAUUAAACAUUUUUAUGCCAAGAA